GUGUCAGCACAGCGGGCCAAGGAAAUCAAUGAGAGGUUUCGCGUCAAUCACAGAAGAUAACAGUACCCGACAUUUUUCGCAUUUGCGAAAUAACACUAACGCGCGGACUUAACUUUUUUUGGUUUAUUAAUAUAAAUAAAAAUCUCAAGAUUAAUUGUACUUCGCAUUUUACAAGUUAAUAGCUAGGUUAACCAGUAUAACUUUACCGGUCACGUGACUCGUUUCGUUUAGACGAGGAAGUCCGGGAGCGGAUGAGUGUAUUAAUAAUCCUUCACAAACUACCCCACCGCUGGAUUUACUGUUGUCCAGUCGAACGCAUAGUUUGAAAAAGAAACGCAGGCCCUCAAGAUGGCUGAGGAGCAUGCUCACUGCAUGACUUGUGUCAACCGAGGAUGCAUGGUCAGACCUCAGCCAGGCGUUUCCUGUGAUCUCACCGGCUGUAAUUUAGUGUGCGGCGCAGUAUUUCACUUGUGCAAAGUUGAAGAACACAACCUCCUAUGUCCGCUAGUGAGGGUGCCCUGUUUGAACAGCGCCUACGGAUGUCCCGCCAACAUGAUGCGCAACCAGAUAUCUGCGCAUCUGCCGUUGUGUCCGGCUGGGGUGGUGUGCUGCACCAUGGAGUGGAACCGCUGGCCGGUCAGCUGUACAGACUACUCAUCUUACGAGCGCUUGAGUCGUGGCGUGAAGGAGGCGGAGCAACUGGACAUGGCCCUCGCCCUCCAGGACCAGCGCACUUUGCUGGAAUCACUCAAGUUAAUAGCCAUCACGCCCACCGUCCAUGGUAGCUGGUUCAGCCCCCCGGAUAGGAUUGUCAGAGUGACGGAACUGGAGUUGUCCGCGCUGAUGGAGUUGCAUUCGGCCACGGGGAAAGAGCGCAUCGCCAACGGUAUAAACGCAAUGAACGAACAGCAGUACACCAAACUGUAUGAGGCCACUGUAGAGACAGCGAGGAGCUUAGCCACGGCUUUGGAGUUGGUUAGUGGCUCAAACUCUUCCGAUAGCCUUGCUGAAGGUGUAAAAGCGGAAGCCGCUUUGCAGGCCAGCAAACUGGAAGGACUGGUGCAGCUUCAAAACAUACGAACAGCAGACGAGACUAUGGAGAAAGAAACGAGUUCAUUAACAAAAGCCUGCCUCGAAAUAGUGGCACAAGACGACUUGGUGACUCCUCAGGAUGUGGUGAUGUCCCCUUUGCUGCAAGAAAGGGAGCCAGCUCUGGAAAACCACAAACCGCAAGAGCAGAUACCUACCCCUGCCAAUCAAUGGGGAACCAAGACACAGGACAAAGCAGUGGACACCUCUGACCUGGAGCAGGAGGAUGACCUCGUGGGACUUGGAGAAAUCGACUUGAUCACAGCUGCCCUGAUUUUCUGCUUAGAGGAGUCCAAAGACUGCAAGAGGAUAUCUGAUACACUCUGCAUGGAUAACGGCUACGUCCACUCGGGAACGCAGACGUUCCCAUUCCCGGCAGCAGUUUUGGUCACUAACACAAGGGUCGGCGAUAUGGCCUCCGCGUCCGCCUGCGAUCACGCUUCCCCGCAGAUCUCGUCCCCUAGCCCCUUCCACACUCUCCGCCUUAGCUUGGUUCUGGAAGCCCUGAAGGUCGAGGCGGACAUUAACAACUACUACUUCCCCAGGAGCACCCGCUACCAGCACAUGUUCCCCUUUGUGUGCGCGCAGUCCUUCCGCAGGGAUGAAUUUCCCUCGCAUUUCAACAACGUCCACGGCGACAUUCACGCUGGCCUCAAUGGCUGGAUGGAGCACCGCUGCCCUCUAGCCUUUUAUGGCUGCACCUUCUCCCAGCGGAGGUUUUACCCCAGCGCGCCAGGUGCGAAGGUGGUCCACGACAGGCACCUGAGGUCCUUCGGGGUGCUUCCUCAUCCAGAUACCAAAUUAUCAGGCGAUUCCCAGUCGGACCAGUUCAGCAGGCUCCCCAAUGAAAUACUGAGGCACAUAGCUGGUUUCCUUGAUGGCUUCAGCCUGUGCCAACUGUCUUUGGUGUCACGGACCAUGAGAGAAGUGUGCGCCUGUCUCCUCAAGAGCAGAGGCAUUGUAGAGCUACGGUGGGAGAGGAGGCAAGACUCUAGUGGUCACAUAACCUGGCAGGUUAAACAUAAAGUAUGGCGGUUCAGCACCGCAUUCAGCCCAGUGCUGAGGUGGGGCUUCACAGACGUCCCCAGCAUGUCGAACCACUUGAAGAAAUGCCAGUACAACACGGUGGAUCGCCAGACCAAGCCGGUGCCCCUCCCCGGCCUGCGUCACGUCCUGAGUCCCUUUAGCACUUUAGCACUCUCCAAAUAUUUCAACACUAGCGAGGAUUCUUAGUAAGGGAAUGUAGGAAAAUGAAAGCACUGUACCUGAAAUGCACUCCAAAAGAAAAUGUAGCACACUAAAUGGCUGGAAAACAAUGCAUGUGGUGCAUUACUUGUCCUACCACAGGAACUAUUAAUAAAGUUUGAAGGAAACAACAUACAGUACUUGCAAAAUUUUAUGGGCUAUCGAGUUUUCAGGUUAAAUUAAGUGAACCUGUAAAAGGUUUUAGCACAAUGUAAAUUCAUUCUUAAAAUUUUAAGCUGAAAGCCGAGUAUCACCGCAUCACCAUUUUUUUGUCAGUACACUUUAUUGCCUUAAUGAAAUAACACUACUGCCAACAUGAGUGACUCAUUUGGUUAGAUGUGAAACCUCACCAAAGUGUAUUACUGCUAAGUAAAAUAUGCAUAAUAACAUGGAGACCAUAUAUUGGAUAAAUGAUUAAAGUGCUGUGUGUGACUAUGAAUGUUGGUCUAUAUAUUGUUUGAAUGUGGACCCAUUAAGCCAUCGUGUGAUUUUGUUUUACCAAGUAUAGUAAUGACUUCAUUUGUUUCACAUUCAUGAUAGGUUGAAUUAAAGAACUACCUUCUAAAAUGUGAAUUGCAGUAUAUUUUUACCUCAUUUUCUUUCUCCUUAUCCGAGUCAAACCAUUAUUACCGUAUUUGCCAGAUUAUAAAUCGCGCAUAUAUAUAUAUUUUUUUUCAUAGUUUGGCUGGGCCGACGACUUCUACUCAAAUGGGACUAAUGUGUUUUAUUUUCAUUCUAACUCCUGACAGCCUGUUGUAUUUUUUAGGCUAUAGUUACCUGAAAAACAAUGUAAUUCACAGAUGCAUAUUUAGCCUAUACUCCAUUUUACUAUUGUAACUUUAACAUAUGGUUUGUUAUUGGUUCCUGCUAAAAUACUGCCCCCCCAUACGCGAAGAUUAGGAGGGCCAUACCCACCCUCACGGUGGCCGAAUUUGUCAUUGCAUGUAAUGUAUUUCCAAUACAUGAAUUUAAAAUUAGGACUUUGCUGGUAAAAUGUUGUCUAUAAAAGUUGCAAGUAAUAAAACAACAGAAAUGAAUGAAAUAAACAAAAAAUAUAUUUUACAAUGGGUCAAAAUUAAAUUUCGAACAGAUCAUGUGACUAGCACCUUACAGACGGUCAUUUGCUUUG